AAGAAUGCAGGCUGAGGCUAUAUAUAUGGGAAGGAGAAGAUAGUCGUGUGUUCCACCUCCGAUGCGGUGGGGACAGGGGAGGGAGAAGCACACGUGUCAUUCCCUUUAAUUUCUCCCAUUUUUUUUUUAUAAUUAUCAUCAUAACUCAAUUCAUUCUUCCCUUUUCCCCUUUCUCUGCAAAUUGCAAUGGAUCUCUAUCAGUAGCACUCGACGUUCCUCCUCUUCAUGGCUCUCUCCUCCGCCUUCUGACCCUCUUCACAAGGUUCCUGAGAUGGAAGGCAAAACUGGAAGUCACAUGACAUCAGCUGUGGCCUUUGUUGAAGGUGGGAUUCAAGAAUCCUACGAUGAUUCUUGCAGCAUUUGCCUUGAGGAGUUUUGUGAAAGUGAUCCUUCUACGGUCACUACCUGCAAGCACGAGUAUCACCUGCAGUGCAUUCUCGAAUGGUGUCAGAGAAGCUCCCAAUGUCCUAUGUGUUGGCAACCUAUUAGCUUGAAGGAUCCCACCAGUCAGGAAUUGUUUGAGGGAGUAGAGCAGGAGAGGAACUUGAGGGUUACCUCAUCAGGAAAUGCUGCUAUUUUUCAUCACCCUGCUUUCGGUGAUUUUGGAUUGCAGCACUUACGCAUGAGUGUAAAUGAUGCUGAUUUUGAAGAGAGGAUUAUUCAACGUUUAGCUGCUGCUGCAGCAAUGGGGAGAGCGCGCCACCUGGGUCGGAGGGAAGUGCAGAGAAGUCGUUCAUCAGCUCAUGGUCAUCCACAGUACUUAGUUUUCUCAACUCAGCCUAUUUCAGCUUCAUCAGGUACUGAUUCAGUUGCUGGAGGGGAAAAUGAACCAGCUGCAGCUCCUAAUGGAAGUUCAUCUACCCUAAUAAGAUCUGAUGGAGAUGAACCAUCACAGCAGAUCCAGCAUCUUCUAAUUCAAAACUCUUCUUCUGCAUCUAGAUCUACUGUCAUGGCAAGAAAUCGCCAAGCAAUUUACUCUAAUGACAGAAGCUCUGCUGAUCUUUCUUCACCAGCAAACCAUGAUAGAGGAGGGCCAUCAGAAUUCCAGUCAUUUUCAGAUUCUCUGCGGUCCAGACUUAAUGCGGUGUCCAUGAGAUACAAAGAGUCAAUCUCAAAGGGUGCAAGGGGAUGGAAGGAGAGGCUGUUCUGUCGUAGUUCUUCUAUGUCUGAUCUUGAUUCAGAAACUAGGAGAGAUAUGAAUGCUGGAAUUGCUAGUGUAUCCCGCUUGAUUGAAUCCCUUGAAACUAAUGAAAACAAUAGAGCCGCGGGUACUUCUUUGUCAAAUCAUCUGGAGGAUUGUUCCAUAGGAGGGGUGUGCACCCGGAACAAUGUUGAUGCUAGUGGGGAAAACUCAUCACAUGACAACAAUACUUCGGCUGCUUGUUCUGCUAGCUCAAAUUCAAACUGAGCUCUUUUUUGUUUCUGUUAAUGCAUCUUUCCUCAGCAUCUCAUAUUUGAAGGUAACCUUUUCUCCAGACAUGACAUGCUGAGGAGCAGAUGCUUUGGAAAUAGUCAUGGCAGUUAUAUGUUGCGGUUUGCAAUAAAAUUAGGAUCCAAAAAACAGCUGUGCUUAUGGCUAAAAAUGAUUAUUUCUGUGCAUAUAUAUUAUGCCGGGGACAGUGAAGAGUUGUCCGUAUCCAAAGGUGGACGGGUUCUUGAACUGGCAUUGGCAUGUACUCUGGACACCAAUGUACUCAUGGGAAAAAAAUCUGUCGAAAUUCAACGGAACUUAAUAUUUAUAGACAAAGGUGGCAACUAGUUUACAU